AUGAAGAUCACAAGCGCAGCUUUCCUACUUGUUGCAGCAAUGGGUUGGUGCGCAUCUGCCCUGCCCGUUUCGAGCGGCGAACAUGCGCCAGCAGGAAUCGAUCUCACGCUCCGUCUUGGGCAACCUUCGUCCUCUCAGCCCGGCGUCGCCAGCGACGGUUCUGUCACUGGUUCAAGUCAGAUACACGUUUCGUCUCUUCUGCCAGACUUGCAUUCAUCCGAGCGGGUGCCUGAAACUCACUACGAAGGGGUCGUAGACGAAGGUAGUUCGAGGAGGACUGGUUGGCGUAGAGUCGAUCCCGCCGAUUCCGUGAUCGAAAGCCAGGCGAGACUGCGAAGAACUUGGAUUAAGUACAUCCGUGAACACCUGGACCAGCCUGUUGCGCCCGUCAUCUCGGAGGGCGUGUUCAGCCGGCGAAAUGCCCUUCUGUUUCAGAAGCGCUGGCAGCGGCUCCGUCUAGCGAAAUUGCUGGAUGGUGGCCGAUCGUUCACUGCGUCGGAGCGAGCAAUCAUGCGGAAGCGCUUCAAGGACUGGGCCAAGAUCGCUGAACGGCUCACUCCUGCCAGCGGCAGUGCGCUGGCUUCGCAUGAAUUCCAGACGCUGGCUUCCGAAGACUUGGCCCUCAUGCUUCGCCUUGAGGACAUCCUUCGCCGACAUAUUCCUCAUAUGAUCCCACCCGCCCGUUGA